GAUUGCACCUACGUCUUGGAAUAGCUACGCGUCAGGAAAAUAAAGAAACAUAAUUUUGAUUGAUAACGUUUUCUUGUCUUAAUGGUAUAUUUCAAACAGUAUUUACUGUCGUUUUACCGACCUAUUUAUAUUGAUUAAUUAAUUUCCCAGCGUGUAAUUGUUACCUGUUCGGUACAAUCGAUGUUUGCCGUUUUGUUAAUUGUACAUUGCUUAUACGUUGAUGCUAGUUUUUCUUAGCAUUGUGACCCCCUGCACAUCUUUGCCACAACAAUUUUCUUCCUUUGACACCAAACAAUGUUCAAAACAGUAAAGCAGCUAGAAACCACCUGUAUGCUUCUGGGAAUCGACUUACCGCUGAAGGUGUUCUGCCUGCAAUGUUGAUUUUGUCCUGCAAGUUAAAGCUGGAAUUGACUCUAAAAGGAUACAGAUGAUGAAGACAAUGGUACAUAUCUGGAUAAGUUUUGAAGGUUUUCAGACUACGUUGUCACAGUUUUUACAAAUGAGCCUUAUCAACAUACAGAGCCAGUGAGAAGUACACAUUAGAAAGCAUUCCCACCCUCCCUACCCCAUCCACUCAUCCCCUUUUUCCUCACACACACACAACCCAGGACGUGGGGACUGACUGACUGGCGACAGCUGCUGCGGCUGUGCUGGGCACACUCACGGGACUGCCUGACCAGCAGAUCGAUCGCACAGUUUGGAAGGAGGCUGACUGCCUGUCUGCAGCACGAUAGAUUCGAGAUCUGAUUCCUACACUGUGAGAAUGACUUGGAUUUAUGUUUGCGUCACCGUGUUUGGGGCCUAUGUCUUCCUGGUACUUCACGUUAGCGCGGGUCAGAACCCAGACCAUGUGCUCCUCGGCACGGGUGUCAAACCUGGGGAGUCUAAAAGGGCGCAGGAUGGCUCGACGGUGUCUCCCGAGGACGCUCCCCGUUUCCUGAGCUGUUACUGUUCAGGGCACUGUCCCGAAGACGCCAUUAAUAACACCUGCGAGACGAACGGGCAGUGUUUUUCCAUCAUAGAGGAGGAUGAGCAUGGAGAGACUCGUCUGACAUCAGGCUGCGUGAAGUACGAAGGCUCUGACUUCCAGUGCAAGGACUCCCCAAGAGUGACCCUCAGACGGACUAUCGAUUGCUGCCAAACAGACUUCUGCAACCGGGAUCUGCAGCCCACACUGCCACCACGCAUUGAGAAAGACCCCCUCUUUGGCAGUGCCCACUGGCUUGCCUUUUUGAUCUCUGUGACAGUCUGCAGCAUCGUGCUCAUUGUGAUCACUGUCAUUUGCUACUACAGGUAUAAGUGGCAGACAGAGAGACGGCGCUAUAACAGGGAACUGGAGCAGGAUGAGGCCUUCAUCCCUGUUGGGGAGUCGCUUAAAGAUCUGAUCGACCAUUCACAGAGCUCUGGGAGUGGGUCUGGGCUCCCCCUGCUGGUACAGCGUACAAUCGCCAAGCAGAUCCAGAUGGUGCGCCAGAUCGGAAAGGGGCGUUACGGUGAGGUGUGGCUUGGGCGCUGGCGAGGAGAGAAGGUGGCGGUCAAGGUGUUUUUCUCCAGAGAGGAGGCCAGCUGGUUCAGGGAGACGGAGAUCUACCAGACCGUGCUUAUGAGGCACGAGAACAUACUGGGCUUUAUUGCUGCGGACAUCAAAGGAACGGGCACGUUCACACAGCUCUUCCUGAUUACGGAUUACCACGAGAACGGCUCUCUCUAUGACUACCUGAAGUUCACCACUCUGGAUACCAAGUCCCUGCUGAAGCUGGCGUACUCGGCGGCCUGCGGCCUGUGCCACCUGCAUACAGAGAUCUAUGGCACACAGGGCAAGCCCGCCAUUGCACACCGUGACCUCAAGAGCAAGAACAUCCUGAUGAAGAAGAAUGGCACCUGCUGCAUCGCUGACCUCGGCCUGGCCGUCAAAUUCAACAGUGACACGAACGAGGUGGAUAUCCCGCUGAACACGCGCGUUGGCACCAAGCGUUACAUGGCUCCCGAGGUGCUGGACGAGAGCCUGAAUAAGAACCACUUCCAGGCCUACAUCAUGGCGGACAUCUACAGCUACGGCCUCGUCAUAUGGGAGAUGGCUCGCCGCUGCGUCACUGGAGGUAUCUUGGAGGAGUACCAGCUGCCCUACCACGAUAUGGUGCCUUGCGACCCGUCCUAUGAGGAGAUGCGGGAGGUGGUGUGCGUGAAAUGUGUCCGGCCCGCUGUGUCCAACCGGUGGAACAGUGAUGAGUGUCUGAGGGCGAUGCUGAAAUUGAUGUCUGAGUGUUGGGCCCAAAAUCCCGCCUCCCGCUUGACAGCGCUACGGGUCAAAAAGACUCUUGCCAAAAUGGUAGAAUCGCAGGACAUCAAGAUAUGAGCGCACGUGAAACGGGAGGAAGGAGGCUUGAAGAUUUAUUAUUAUUAUUAUUAUUAUUAUUAUUAUUAUUAUUAUUAUUACUACUACUACGACUAAAAUCACAGCUGUUAUGAAUGGGGCUGAAUGGAUUUGCCUCAUGAACUCCUUCACUCCCACUGCAUGCCUAGAUGAGGAGGCUGAACUGAAGUACUUUCAGCUGAAAGGAAGUGCAGAGAGUUUGGUAUUGCUGUUGGGGACAGCUUUCUUUGUUGCUCUCUAUAUCCUCAAGUCCGCCGCUGUAAGGAAAGAGUAAAAAAGACAAUGCAGGACUUGGUUCCCCUUCUCUUGAUCUUCAGUGGAAAAAAACUCUGGUAAUGGGAGGUGGAUGAACUCCAGAGAUGUAGUGCUUUCUGUGAAAGCCAUAUAUAUGUACAUGCGCACACACACACACACAGUUGUUUUAUGAAAGAAUUUACCUUACAGCUGUCUCAUUUUUAAAGGGAAAAAAGGAAGGUUAAAAAAAAGUCAUCAAGAAUUGAUAACUGGACUUGGGUUAUCUACAUUGAAAAUGAACAGUGGUCAAGAAAUAUCAUCUGUCUUUGAGUGUUUUUUUGUUUGUUUACAGCCAAGCUAAUUGUUUGUGCCAGGACUUUUUUUUUUUUUUUUUCCUGCCAUAUUAAAAAAGGGAUUCUCAACUCUUUCCAAGUUUUAGUGAAAAUGAAUAAUUACAAGGAAAGGUAACAGGAUUCUCUUUUUAACAUGUAAAUAGAAACUCAACCGGCCCAGGAGGUUGUGCCUACAUUAAGACUGUUCUUGUUGUUUUAAGCACAGCUGACUUUAACUUGUGCCACUAGCUGGGAAUGUAAUCACAAUGCACCCUUUUGGCAAAAGAAGCCGAUCUGCCUUUGUGCAAAAUUAUAUAUGUGGCCCGUCCUACGCAGAGAGAGCACAGAACAUCUCUGAAACAAAGCUAUGAUCGUCUUCAGCCUGCAAGUUUUCACUUUUUAUUAUUUAAAAAAAAAACAAAAAAAACAACAACUUUAAAAUGAGUGAAAUUAAAAAAAAAAAAAAACACAUCCUCAAAUGUGCGUUUUAAUCUGUAAAGUGUAUUAAAAAGAAUAACUAGUUAAUCCAUUUUUUUUUUUAUUGUUAAAAUUUAUUUUCUUUACCCAUAGUUGAUCAGAAUCUUUUUUUUUGUUGGAGGGGAGAGGUUAAGCCAAAAGUUGCAGUAUUUAUUUGAUUAUUAUACAGUGUGUGUGUGUAUGUAUAUAUGUAUGUGUGUAUGUGUG